GGGGGGUAGAAAGGCUCUACAGGAUACAAGGACCUGGACUGAUGGGCCAAGGUAUACUGGAUUUGCUGGUGCUUUGUCAGGGUGACGUGCCAGCGGGAGCUCUGAGGAGCCAGCCUUGGUACCAGCUUUGUUCUGCAUCCCCAGCCAUGGGCAGAGAGGGUCUCACAGUGGAAACCCCCAUUUUCUGAGUCUUGUUACAGUCGUAAAUAGUUAAAUGUUGUGCUAAUAGUGGGGAGCUGAGUAGUGACAAGGUGGUAGAUGAGCAUGAGGUUGGUAAAUGCCACUGUCCAAGCUGUGGAUAGAAGAAAAAGUAACCUGUGUUGUGUCUAUAGGAAAGCCUUAGGUGGGAUGAGCAGUGGCUUGUGAACGUUCGGCACUGUGACUUCCAGUUCUCUAAAAUCCUUAACUCCGAGUGAAGUGGCAGCCCAAAGAUCAACGGGAUCUCAUGAGGAAGGCUGCUGAGCAGGGGCAGUAGGUAGAUGGGGAUGGGGAUGGAGCAGCUGCCUUGUGACACCGGAGCUGCCACGCAGGGCUGCAGCUGCUAGGAUAAAGCUGAGGGGAUGUGAUCCAGGUUCUCAUGAGUUUGGAGGCAGUGGUAAGCUAAAGGUGGAGCACACGUGGGGAGUGGGAAGGUGUCUGCUUAAAGCAGCUGGUAGCAGGGGGCUUCUUUGUGUUAGCGGAGGGUUUCUGCUAUGUAACACCAAGGUGGGAUCAUGGGCUGAGAAAGGAAUUAGAUUUGUCUGCAGACAUCAAAGGGAUUGGGGGAAUGUACCUUCCUGGUGAGACCCCUAUGGGCAAUGAGGAAGUCUGGGGCUCAGACAGCCCAAGAAAGUGCCCAAGAUUGCAUGUUAGCUGUCUGUAAAUAGCAUCUCAGACUGCUGCCACUGGGAGCUGUGCUCUGGAGCAGAGCAGUGGUCUGACCGGGAGGUCUCUUCCUGUGCUCAGAGCAUCCAUUCACUUCUAGAUGGAGUCUGAUGAAAUGAGCUGAUGUGGUGGAAUGACUGCUUAGUCAGCAUCUUUUCCGUCAAGAACUGAUUCUUUCUUGUUUAUAGGUGUGUGUUUCUUUUGCUUCAUUCUUUCUAAAUCGAAAUGUUAACUGUUUCCUGUUAAUUCCAGUGGUAUCCACAAAAUGUCUGCUGCUCUCUGCAUGUUACUUUGUUUGCCUUUUUGUGGCAGUGUCCUUCCAUCCUGUCAGUAACCAGCUUCUGAGCUUUGAGGCAGAGAUGAUCGCAUAAAGCAGCUUUAUGUACCUGAAUGUUAUGUUUAAUUAACUCACUGCACUGUGGUUCUGUCAUUGAGUACAUAUUUGUCUUUCAUUUUUAGUUUCCAUUAUGAACUUAAAACUUGUGGUCUGGGACUUCUUGGGGCUCAAAGCUGCUGUUCCUAGGGUUGGAGUUGAUGGCUAAAAUGCUGCCUUUGGUUCUGUAUGUUCUUGGCACGUAUCUUACCCAGCUCCUAACGUGGUCAUAUGCGAGGGUCGUGUUUAUAAAGGCCUUCAGUACUUUCAGAUGCAGAAUGCCAUGGUUUUUGAGUAUAGUCCAUCAUUAGACACCAAAUGUCUUUUAAAUCUCUUGUUUCAGGAAGUUAAGAAGGAUGUAGAGCCCAAGGAUGAUGCCCUGCCACUCAGAAGGGAGAAAUCUGGCAAUGUAGCAAGCCUUGUGCAGCGUAUUUGCACCUAUGGGCUUCCAGCAGGAGGAAUUCAGCCUCAUCCACCGUCCAAAAGCCUCAAGAAGAAGUCCAAGAAGCGGCAGUGCAAAGUGCUCUUCGAGUACCUCCCGCAGAACGAAGAUGAGCUGGAGCUCAAGGUGGGGGAUGUGAUUGACAUCAGUGAGGAGGUAGAGGAAGGCUGGUGGAGUGGAACACUGAACGGCAAGUCGGGGUUGUUUCCUUCUAACUUUGUGAAAGAGUUGGAAUUGGCGGACGAUGGAGAAACACAGGAUGCUCUGGAUGAUGCAGAGCCCGUUUUCAGUGGUCCUACCUCACCUGUGGCCUCUCCUGGGAAUGAAAGUGAACCUGGAUCUGGACCAGCACAGCCAAAGAAAAUUCGAGGUGUUGGGUUUGGAGAUAUAUUUAAAGAAGGCUCAGUUAAGCUUAAGACAAGAUUAUCCAGUAAUGAAUCAGAGGAUAAAAGGCAAGAUAAGCCAUCACCAAACCAUCCUCCUGGCACUAAGCUCGCUCAGCUUCCUCGCAUUACAAAAAUGGAAAACUCAUCAGAAGUACUGAAGUCAGAAGCUGAAGGUAAACCAAAAGCCAAGGAGUAUUGCAGGACAAUAUUUCCCCAUGAAGGAGUAAAUGAUGAACUGAGUUUUAAAGAAGGAGAAAUUAUUCAAAUUAUCAGUAAGGAUACUGGAGAGCCAGGCUGGUGGAGAGGAGAACUCAAUGGUAAAGAAGGAGUCUUCCCUGAUAAUUUUGCUGUUCAGAUACAAGAAUUUGAUAAAGACUUCCCUAAGCCAAAGAAACCUCCACCUCCAGUUAAAAAUCCAGCUCCCAAGCCUGAAUUGCCAACUGGAGAGAAGAAGUUCCCUUUGAGGUCUGAAGAGAAAGGUGAGAGCAGUUUUCUGGAUGAAAAAGGAGCUUUGGAUCAGAAGCCUUUGAAGCCACAUGCUCCUCAAGUACCACCCAAGAAACCCAUUCCUCCAAGCAAGUCUAACAGCUUACUGAGAGCGGGGAUUCUGCAACUAAAACGUCCAGAAAAACCUGUUCUGCCUUCAUCCGUAUCCAAGUCUAAUGGAGAAGUUGUUCAUCUUCGACCAAAAUCUGAAAUUGAGCCAGUAGCAAAACCGAAGUUAGACUCUGAACAGCUACCAGCGAGACCAAAAUCAGUAGAGGUAGAUUCACUUGUGGUAAAGAACUCUCGAGAAUCAGAUCUGUUAAGCUUUGAUGAUGUAAUAGCUACCUCAGAUAACCUGUCGCACCCCACCGCCAGUCGGCCCAAGAUGCCCGGCCGGAGGCUGCCCACGCGCUUCAACUGCGGGAGUGCUGCAAGUCAAAACGACAGUCCAGAAAAAAAUUUGAAGGUGCAGAAGGAAGAAGAAGAAAGUGCCAAACCAAAGCCAGUUGAAAUGAGAAAGCCAUCUGUGUUGAGUCCACCAGUUCCAUCUUCAUCUCAGAGACCAAGUUCUGUCAUCUUUCUGUCUGGGGAGACCCAACCUAAAGUUGAAACAGAUAAUUCACAGGCUUCUGUGGAAGAGCUCAGGGCUCAGAUUCAAGAUUUGAUGAAUUUAGUAGAUGCACUGAGAAAAGAACACGGGAGAGAACUGGAAAAACUAAGGAAGGAUUUGGAAGAGGAGAAGCUGAUGCGAAGUAACCUGGAGAUUGAGAUAGAAAAACUGAAGAAAGCAGUGAUGUCUACAUGAUACGCCCAUGGACUGGAUGUCUUCAACUUGCCAGGAAUACAAAGCUGAACACGAGUAGAACUGACUCCUUAUUUUGUCAUAAUGGAUGCUGGAGUUCUACAGUCUUAAGGAAAUAUAUUGCAACAAAGGAAUAUAGUCUUCUAUUCAGAGAUAAAAAGCAAAAGAGAAAAACGGUGUAAUUUUCUUGCCAAUAUAAAAGAGGCCUUAUUUCUUACUGUGCUGGAAUUGCAGACCUUUAUUUUUUUGGUUUGCUUGACAAUACUACUGAAUCUGUAUAAAGAGGAGAGGGAAUUCUUAAUAGAUUUUUAUUGAAUAUCUGUAGCUUAAUUUUUAAAGAGAUCUAUACUAUAAAUAGGGUGAUCUAUCUUUACAAGUAAUCUGUAAAAGAGUCCCUUGGGAGGGACAGCAUAGCUGUAUGGGAAUUGGAGUCACUAUUUUCCCCCUGCGUUGCGAAAGGGAAGAGAUGAGAUUUGUGUAUUUUUAAUGUUGGCAGUCUCAGCCGGGGUUCUGCUGUGUGUCUGCCUGCUGUUUGUCAGCCGGGUCGUGAGAUAGGAAUCUGUGGAUGCCACGGGUCGGGUGGCACACCUAUGCACGGUGCUGAGAAGGGUUGACCUCAUCGGGGCGGUUUAGCAGAACGUUUUGUCAAUUGCACUAUUGGAUUAAAAAGGGAUUUAGGACUGAGUCACGAAGUCGCAACAAAAUGAACUUUUAAUAUCACAGAAGGAAGAGCUGCAGAAGGGAGGCUGGGGUCUGCUCUGAACCGAACCUGUUGUGCCUCAAAUAUUGCAGCACGCAAUGUGGGAAGUAAACCUGAACUCACAGGGUCUGUGCUUCUGCGUAUCUAAACUGAUGUCGUCAGUCUUUCCAGUGGCUGAACAUGCAUUUUGAUCUGUUUUUACAGUACUCAAUUUUUGUUUAUAAUAUGGCUCAAAAUAAAUCACUUGAACUUUGA